GUGCCUGUUUUCUUCUCCCAAAGGUAAACAAAUUUAUGCAGUGUCGCUUUUCGCUAAAAAAAAAAACAUGAAAAAUGUGACCAAACGGGGUGGACUGAAGCCGCUAAAAUGCCCGGACACAUAAAGAAAUACAGCGUACGGUUUUCUCCCAAGCGCAUCAAGAAGAUCAUGCAGAGAAACACAGAGAUCGGGAGGAUUUCCAUGGCGGUCCCGGUCAUCAUCUCUCGGGCGUUGGAGAUAUUCCUCAAGUCUCUGCUGACCGAAACCUUCCUGGUAACUCAGUCUGACUUCAGCAGCACCGUGUUGGUCGCUCACAUGAGGCAGUGCAUUGAGUCAGAGAAGGUUUUCCAUUUCCUCAGAGAACUGGCACAACGAGGCAAGUCUGCAGCGGCUCCAGGCGACAAGAGAGGGAUGAAUAUCUGGUCCUUCUACAGGGAGGGACGGCAGGAGAUCUGUGUGGAGAAGCCGUCGGCUUCGGCAGGAGUCGCAGCGCGACAGAUGCUGGAUUCUCUGGACACCAAGUCGAGCUCCAGCGAAUCGGAGCUUUACAUCUGCCUGUGACGUCUCUGCCGGACGAGGAAACCUGG